ACUGCAUUUCUCCCAAGCAGUGCGCUCCGAAAUUGGUUUGUCAUUUGCGCCGAGAGCUCAGCUUUGGAAGCAAAUGAUUUUCUCGACUUCUUUGCCGUGAAGAUUUCCAAUUAACACAUUCAUUUCUUUCGGAUACUCUUUUUCUGGUGUAAAAUAUUUCGCCUUUUAGCUUUUUCUUUAGGACCUGAUGUAGCCUAGCUACUGCACAACAGGACGUGUUGUGUGCCAAUGAGGGACUGUCAUCUGGAUACACAAGGAGCCCGUUCUUUCUCCCGCAAUAUCGACGGUAGCUUAUACACGGAUCCUACUACAGACAUUUCUAUGUCUUCUACUACCGGACGGAUGAGAAAAUAUAAACGGAGUUAUUUGAAAUAAUUAUUAAAAAUCUGUUAUUUUCCUUCGACGCUCUGAGGAGAUUUAAAUCUGCACGGUGAUCUGUGCGCAAGGACGAUAUCCACUGGGAAAAGACUACUGUGUUAGCAAUUUUAUUACUUACACUUUCAAUGGGAGGACUACUUGAAGAGUGUAAUCGCUUUACCAGCAUCUUCUAAAAACGGAUGGGAUAUAUGGUUCGAGUCCCUGAGAUGUGACCAACUGGAUUUGUAAAGAGCUUUGCAAGAGAAGAACCAGUCACAGGACAGGACCGUAAGAGAGGGAGCGUGACAGGACUGCCGUGCAGCUGGGCGAGUGCUCCCCUCAGGCUAACCAGGGAAGGCCUGACCCCUCAAUCGGGUGGAUCGGCAGACGGGCGGAGGGGCCAUGUGGACAGCACGCCUGCUCCUCCUCGCCAGCCUGUUUGCGCCAGCUGCUCUGGCCUUCAGUCGAGCGCCCGUCCCAAUGGCGGUGGUGAGGAGGGAGCUGUCGUGUGAAAGCUACCCCAUCGAGCUGCGCUGCCCGGGCACUGACGUCAUCAUGAUCGAGAGCGCUAACUACGGCCGCACGGAUGACAAGAUCUGUGACGCAGACCCGGCCCAGAUGGAGAAUACCCGGUGCUACCUGCCCGAUGCCUACAAGAUCAUGUCCCAAAGAUGCAAUAACCGGACCCAAUGCGCGGUGGUGGCUGGACCAGAUGUAUUUCCCGACCCUUGCCCUGGGACCUAUAAGUACCUAGAGGUCCAGUACGAAUGUGUGCCCUACAAAGUGGAACAGAAAGUAUUCCUGUGCCCUGGCUUGCUGCGAGGGGUGUACCAGAGCGAACACCUCUUUGAGUCAGAUCACCAAUCUGGGGCUUGGUGCAAAGACCCCCUCCAGGCCUCGGACAAGAUCUACUACAUGCCCUGGACACCAUACCGCACUGACACCCUGACCGAGUACUCCUCCAAAGAGGACUUCAUCGCCGGGCGACCCACGACCACGUACAAACUACCGCACCGCGUUGACGGCACAGGCUUCGUGGUAUAUGACGGCGCUCUGUUCUUCAACAAGGAGCGGACGCGCAACAUCGUCAAGUUCGACCUCCGCACGCGCAUCAAGAGCGGCGAGGCCAUAAUCGCCAACGCCAACUACCACGACACCUCGCCGUACCGCUGGGGCGGCAAAUCGGACAUCGAUCUCGCCGUAGACGAGAACGGCCUGUGGGUCAUAUAUGCCACGGAGCAAAACAACGGCCGCAUUGUCAUCAGCCAGCUCAACCCUUACACUCUCCGUGUGGAAGGAACCUGGGAUACUGCCUAUGACAAGCGCUCGGCGUCCAACGCAUUUAUGAUCUGCGGAAUCCUUUACGUGGUGAAGUCGGUCUACGAAGACGAUGACAACGAGGCAACUGGGAACAAGAUUGACUAUAUCUACAAUACAGAACUAAGUAAAGAUGGCUUUCUUGACAUACCCUUCCCAAACUCCUACCAGUAUAUUGCUGCCGUGGAUUACAACCCUCGGGACAACCUGCUAUACGUGUGGAACAACUACCAUGUGGUCAAGUACUCACUGGACUUUGGCGCCUUGGACAACAGACAAGAAUCAUCUUCAUCUGUGAUGGUAUUCAUGGAUACCACGACAACGCGAUCUACAACUCAACCAACAGUGAUUUCUUCCACAACUACGUCGGCAACCAGCACCACUACGACCACCACGUCGACGACGACCCCUGUCAACCAGCGGCCGCGCCUCAUCUCCACUACCCUGCCGCCGUUGCCGCCAGUAGAGGGCAAUGCUCCGGAGGUCAACACUCGGUCGUCGCCGUCCUCCAAGCUCCCCAACAUUGGCAUUGAGUACUGCAACCCGAUGAUCAUGUCGGACGUGUCCUGGCCCAAGACACGACAGGGACUGGUGGCACGGCAGCCGUGCCCGACCGGAACCAUAGGCGUGGCCAUGUAUUUAUGUUUGGGGCCUGAGGGCUUCUGGGACCCCCAAGGGCCCAACCUCAGCAACUGUACGUCCCCGUGGGUCAGUGUCAUCACACAGAAGCUCAAAACUGGAGAGACCGCAGCCAUCAUUGCCAGGGAGCUGUCGGAGCAAACCAAGAGCAGCCUUCAGGCGGGGGAUAUUACCUACACAGUCAAGGCCAUGGGUCAGCUUGUGGACCUACUGGAUGUGCAGCUGAGGAAUCUAACCCCUGGAGGCAAAGAUAGCGCAGCCCGCAGCCUCAACAAGCUGCAGAAAAGAGAGCGCUCUUGCCGGUUUUACGUGCAGGCCAUGGUGGAGACGGUGAACAACCUGCUUCAGCCCCAGGCCCAGUCGGCCUGGCGGGACCUGAGCACCGGGGAGCAGCUGAAGGCGGCCACCAUGCUACUGGACACGGUGGAGCAGGGCGCCUUCGUCCUGGCCGACAACCUGCUCAAGACUGACAUCGUGCAGGAGAACACAGACAACAUCCAGCUGGAGGUGGCCAGGAUGAGUACGGAGGGAAAUCUGCCCGACCUGAAAUUCCCACAGAGCAGUGGCCAUGGCAACUCCAUCACCCUGUCGGCAAACACCUUGAAACAGCACGGGCGAAAUGGAGAAAUCCGGAUGGCCUUCGUCCUGUACAGAAACAUUGGCGCUUACCUGUCCACGGAGAAUGCCAGCAUGAAACUAGGGAGCGAAGCUAUGGCCACCAACUACUCUGUCAUUGUCAACUCUCCCGUCAUCACGGCGGCCAUCAACAAAGAGAACACCAAAGUCUACCUGUCAGACCCUGUCAUAUUCACCUUGAAACACCUGCAGCAUUCAAAGGAGAGCUUCAACCCCAACUGUUCUUUCUGGAGUUACUCCAAGAGGACCAUGACAGGGUUCUGGUCAACGCAGGACUGCAGGUUGCUAGGCACCAACCGGAGUCACACAACGUGUUCGUGUACCCACCUGACCAACUUCGCUAUCCUCAUGGCUCACGUGGAGGUCAAGAACACGGACCCGGUCCACGACAUGCUGUUGGACGUGAUCACCUGGGUGGGGAUUCUGCUGUCCCUCGUCUGCCUGCUCAUCAGCCUCUUCACCUUCUGCUUCUUCCGGGGCCUACAGAGCGACCGCAACACCAUCCACAAGAACCUUUGCAUCAGCCUCUUCAUCGCAGAGUCUUUGUUUCUGGUGGGGAUCAACCGCGCCGACCAACCGAUUGCCUGCGCCGUGUUCGCUGCGCUGCUCCAUUUCUUCUUCCUGGCCGCCUUCACCUGGAUGUUCCUGGAGGGCGUGCAGCUCUACAUCAUGCUGGUGGAGGUGUUCGAGAGCGAGCACUCGCGGAAACGCUACUUCUACCUGGUGGGCUACGGCGUGCCCGCGCUCAUCGUGGCCGUGUCGGCGGCCGUAGACUACCGAAGCUACGGCACGGAUCGAGUGUGCUGGCUUCGACUGGACACCUACUUCAUUUGGAGUUUCAUAGGACCGGCAACCUUGAUAAUUAUGCUCAACGUGAUCUUCCUUGGCAUCGCACUGUACAAGAUGUUCCACCACACGGCCAUCCUCAAACCGGACUCGGGUUGCCUCGAUAACAUCAACUAUCAUUAUUACGAUGGAAUUAUUAUUGUGGAAUGGCACUGCUAUGAGGAUUACGAACCUGAAAUCAAGUCUUGGGUCAUUGGGGCCAUCGCUCUCCUCUGUCUGCUGGGCCUGACCUGGGCCUUCGGGCUGAUGUACGUCAACGAGAGCACCAUCAUCAUGGCCUACCUGUUCACCAUCUUCAACUCCCUGCAGGGCAUGUUCAUCUUCAUCUUCCACUGUGUCCUCCAGAAGAAGGUGCGUAAGGAGUAUGGGAAGUGCUUGCGUACUCACUGCUGCAGUGGUAAGAGCGUGGAGAGCUCCAUGGGGUCCGUGAAGAGCUCCGCGUCCCGCCCACCAGGGCGCUAUUCCACUGGGUCACAGAGCCGGAUCCGUCGGAUGUGGAACGACACGGUCAGGAAACAGUCGGAGUCGUCCUUCAUUACCGGUGACAUCAACAGCUCGGCGUCUUUGAACAGAGGGGUUAUGGCUAACCAUCUUAUAACUAACGCUCUCCUCCGUCCCCAUGGCACUAACAAUCCCUAUAACACGUUGCUCGGGGAAUCGGCCGUCUAUAACAACCCGUCUGUGGGCAUGUACAAUACUCAAGAGCCCUACAGAGAGACAAAGGGAAUCCUGAACAAUGCCCGGGAUUCAAGUGUCAUGGAUACUCUACCACUGAAUGGUAACCACGGCAACAGCUACAGCAUCGCCAGCGCCGAGUACAUGAGCGACUGUGUCCAGAUCAUCGACCGGGGCUACAACCACAAGGAGACCACGCUGGAGAAGAAGAUCCUGAAAGAGCUCACCUCCAACUACAUCCCGUCCUACCUGAACAACCACGAGCGCUCGGCCGAGCAGAGCCGCAACCUCAUGAACAAACUGGUGAACAACGUGAGCAACGGGGGCAAGGACGUCGGCCUGGGCGGCGUGGGGAUUGGCGUGAACGUCCCGCUCGGCUUGGACGAUCACUCCUCCUUCCCCCCGCAUCUCCACGACGAGGGCCUGGGCCUGGAGCUGAUCCGCGAGGAGUCCAACGCUCCCCUUCUGCCCCAGAGACCCCCGCAGCUGCCGCCUGUGGACGGCCUCCACCACAACCACCUCCACCAGCCUCAGCCCCCCCCGCACCAGCACCAGUACCACCACCACCACCCUGCCUUCUCCUCGGCCACCGCCGCCUCGUCCUCGUCCCGCCGGCGGAUCCCGCAGGAGAACAGCGAGAGCUUCUUCCCCCUGCUCACCAACGAGCACACCCAGGACGGGGGGCUGGCGUCGCCCGGCCAGCCGCCCCGCCACCCGCCCCACCCCCGGGACUCCCUCUACACCAGCAUGCCCGUGCUGGCCGGCCUGCCGGACUCCACGGCCGACGCCGCCGGCCCGCCGGCCGACCAAGAGGCCGGAGCGGGCCAGCAGUCGGGGGGGAGGAGCCCCGAGCCCGGCCAGGACGACGUCUACUACAAGAGCAUGCCCAACCUGGGCUCACACAACCACCUGAACCAGCUGCAUGCCUACUACCAGCUGGGCAGGGGCAGCAGCGACGGGUUCAUCGUGCCCCCAAACAAGGAGGAUCUCUCCCCGGAAGAGGCCCCCCAGGAGCCCUCGCACCUGGUCACCAGCCUAUAGGUCUGUAGAAAAACCACCACCACCCCCUGCCCGCCCGGCCGGCUCAUCCUUCUUAAUCCCUAGCCGUGGUUCCCCUUCUUUUCUGCCCCCCACCCCACCCCCGCUUUCCCCUCUUGUGCUGAUCAGUCAUUGGCAGUGGUAGCCUUUUUUUGUACUCUGUGUCCCGAAGACUAUAUGGCUAAACUGAAUCCAGUCCGGCACCUCCGGCGUAAUGACGACAGUUGCAUUUCGUGGAUUUUCCUGCUAGACUCGGUAGGAUGUUGGAGAAACCUGUUGAUGUGCAUUUCACUUUUUUUGCGAGAUGCCCCGAACCCCUAUGAAGAUUGAUGUUCUUUUCUCUUAGUGAGCUGAGUCGAGCACGCAAGACAGCAGGAUAUCGGUCUCUGAAAUGCAUUUUGACAGUCCAAAGGAACUACAAACGCCCCCCCCUCCCCCCCCACAAAAAAACAUUCCGCUACUAGUUGAUGUUUAGAGUUAAAAUCAGAACAAAUUGAGAAAGACUAUUUUAUUAUACUUCUGUAUCCAUACUGGCUUUUUAAGGGGUUUUCUUCCUCUCUGGUGAUAUUGCAGCACAUUUCCUGCCGAAGUGUUCCUGCAAGUUUGACUAAAACACAUUUUGAACAAUAUCAUGAAGGACCACUUUAAAUCACACAUGCUUAACAGCAUAUUUUGGGUUUUCUUGUUUGUUUUUUUUCUUCCCCCUUUUGCUGUAACAAUAACAGUUGUCGACAGAAGGAGAAAAAACUAAUAACAGAGAAUUAUGAGAUAUUUCUAUGUAAAUGUACAGAUACUAGCAUUGCACAUAAAUAGUAUGCUUUUUGUUCCACCCAAACUGUUGUCUCUGUAAAUGUAGUUACUUAGCAGCCUCUCCUUUUUGUUGUGCUGGUCUUCGCACCAGUAUGAGCAUUCUUUUUCUUUAUAAUUUUUUUUCUCUCCAAGAAACAAUAAACACUGCAAAGAAAUAACUACAAAAAAAAUAUAUCACAAAACGAAACACACUUACCUUAAUGGAUUUCUUUUUGUCUCGCUAGCGAUGUAACCACCAGUGUUUACCAAACCAUUUUUGUUUUACAGUCUGAUUAUUUCUUCACUGUGUAGAUAGAAAGAGACUCAUGGUUCACCAACCAUAGAUGGAAGAAAUUACAAGUGUCCGAAAAUUUAUUAAGAGCUGAUCCGAAGAGAGAAAGCAAUGCAUUUUCUCGUUAGUUAGAACAGACUGGUGCUUCUCAGAGAGAGAACAAACUGAAUAUUAGUAAGCACUAGGCACUUGUACAAAACAGAAAAAGAUGGCAAAUUUUACUUUUUAAGGACAGAACUUUUUGAGUGAGAAAAAGAACAAAUGUUUUCUUUUUUCUUCCUCAAGGGAAAAGGAUAUUUAUUUAUUUGUUCAAACGACAAAAUAAAGUAAAAAAUGGUGGUAAAGAAUUUAGCAGAACAGAUUUGUUUUUUUUAUGAGGAUGAUUGUCGCUUUUUAUUUAUUCAUUUUUGUAUUGAUUUUCAAGUUGAAUGACCUCAUAACUAAUAUUUGUUGUAACAGUGAAACUUGUUUGCCAACAAAUAAAUUACUGAUUAAGAUUUACCACAUAGUUA